ACUCAUUUUCAUCGUUCUGUCUCUUUAAGAAAGACACGCGCUCGUGCAUCCGGUAAUCUCCAAACAUUUCGGAACGUUGCUCGCUUUCAGUUUAUUAAAGAAGCGCGCGGUAGAGCGCGUGCAGGUGUGCUGCAUCAUCAUAGAAGCUACCGUUUUGUUUUUUUAGAUAGAAACGCGGACACUGGAAAUAGAGACAUCCCACGGUAUCAUUCUCCUGCAACCCUCAGUGUUUCAGAUGGACACGUCCAAUUUAAUCUCCAUCAAGGAGGCAACUUCAGCUCAGACAGUGGAGGAGUCUGACGCUAAAAAAUACCAGGAAAUAUGCCAGCAGUUUGAGUUUAUCCGCAGAGUUAAAGGAGAUGGGAAUUGUUUUUACAGAGGUCUCUGCUUUGCUAUUGUAGAAAGCUUGCUAUACAAUGAGAGCGCCAUCCAAAGAUUUAGGGACAAGCUAAUAGAAAGUCAACAAUUGCUUCUAAAAGCUGGAUUUGAUGAAAGUGCUGUUAAAGGUGUGCAGAACAAUUUUACCACUGUGCUGGAGCAACUUGAAAAAGAUGGCUCUGAAGAGACCCUGCUACGCCUUUUCAAUGACCAGGCUACCUCAGACAGCAUGAUCCUGUACCUGAGGCUGCUUACAUCAGCACACCUACAGGGCCAUGCUGAUAUUUUCCAGCACUUUGUGGAGGCUCCGGAUUUACAAGUUUACUGUAUUCAGGAGGUAGAAGCCAUGGCAAUGGAAUGUGGUCAUGUGGAGAUCCUGGCCUUAUCUGAAGAGCUGGACAUCAGUCUGUGUAUUAUAUCCAUGGAUGGCGGUGAUGACCAACUUAUAUACCACACCAUCCCUGAGGGUUCUCAACCCUCCCUGUAUUUUCUUUACAAGACAUCCCACUUUGACAUUCUUUACAAACACAGAGAACGAUGACCGUUAUGUCUUCUGCAAGCGGAUCUUUGCUUAAAGAGGAUCAAUUAUACAAAAUUCACUUUUUAGACAUUCAAAGGCAUUUAGUUUGCAUGCACAAAAGAAAAUCCCUGCUCUCUUUCCCCCCUUUCCUGUUUAAUAUACAGUGGUGGGUUUUUCAUAUGUGGAAGGCCUAGGUUUAGUUCCCAAAAUACAUAACAUGCAUGUAAUAGUUUAACCAAGCCAAUCAGAUUUCCACAAUUGUGACCUCAUCCAAGAAAAUACCCUCCCCAGUAGAGCUUGUUCAGUUCUAGUCUUUUCCUUGAAAGGGCAUGGCUCAGCAGUAGCUCAUUUCCAUAGACACUAAAGUGGCACAAUUGGAAGAUGCUAAAAUUCUUAAAUGACACAGAAAAAGGGGAUUAAGGAAAGAGGAUGAUGAAAUGAAAAGCAAUAUGAGGGGAAAUCAAGACCAGAAGUUGGCAGUAAUGCAACAUCGUCAAUGCCAAACC